AAUAAAGUUGGCAACACUGUUUGCCACAGACCACAGAUUAGAAAGUAUUCCGCCGCUGACUGGUGCUGAGUUUCUCUCACGUCCCACCCCUCUGUGCGACCGACAACGAGAAGGUGCGUAGCAGGAUGCAGCAGCGCUAGCGGGGCUGGGUAUAGCGACAGAGCGCGGCGGCGGUAUGGCUGCCGAGACCGCGGGCAGCACCACGAGCGCAGGCAGUGCCCCCGAGGACACGCUGGAGGCACUGCUGCGCGAGGCCGAAGCACUUAAGCAGCGGCUCGAGGAAGAACGCCAGAAACUUAACGACGUCACGCUGUCAUGUGUAGCGGAGCGGCUGGAACCAGUGAACUUCCCCAACCUGAAGCUGCGGCGCGUGCUGAAGGGGCACCAGUCCAAGGUGCUGUGCUCGGACUGGGCUCCCGACAAGCGGCACAUCGUGUCCUCCUCGCAGGACGGCAAGCUGAUCAUCUGGGACGCGUUUACGGCCACCAAGGAGCUGACAAUCCCCAUGCCCAGCACGUGGGUGAUGGCCUGCGCCUACGCGCCCUCCGGGAACAUGGUCGCCGCUGGGGGCCUGGACAACAAGCUGACGGUGUUCCCGCUGGGCGAGGAGGAGCCGGCGGCGCGCAAGCGCACCGUGGCUACGCACACGUCGUACAUCUCGUGCUGCCUGUUCCCCAACUCGGACCGGCAGAUCCUGACGGGGUCCGGCGACGGCACCUGCGCUCUGUGGGACAUCGAAUCAGGCCAGCUGCUGCAGAGCUUUCAGGCGCACGCGGCCGACGUGAUGUGCGUGGACCUGGCGCCCUGCGACAUGGGCGACACCUUCGUGUCCGGCGCCUGCGACCGCCAGCUGCUCGUGUGGGACAUGCGCACCGGCCAGGCCGUGCAGGCUUUCGACACGCACGACUCGGACGUGACCGCCGUGCGCUUCCACCCCUCCGGGGACUCGCUGGCCUCGGGCUCCGACGACUCGUGCUGCCGCCUGUUCGACCUGCGCGCCGACCGCGAGGUGGCGCGCUACACCAAGGAGAGCAUCCUGUUCGGCGUCAACUCGGUGGAGUGGUCGGUGAGCGGCCGCCUGCUGUUCGCCGGCUACUCCGACUACACGGCGUGCGCCUGGGACGCGCUGCGGGCCGCGCGCGUGUGCGUGCUGUGCGGCCACGAGCACCGCGUGCAGCGCGUGCAGCUGGCGCCCGACGGCACGGCGCUGUCCACGGCCUCCUGGGACGCCACCAUCCGGAUCUGGGCGUAGUGCGGCCGCAGCACGACGACGUCGCCGCUAUUCCAAUAUUAGUUAUGAACGGUAAUUAUGACGUAGUAUUCCAAAGAACCCGUACCUAAUAUAGUGUAACCUUAGUUUAAGUUAGUUGUGUUGAAUCCGUUAUGCGGAGAGUGCAGGCGACGCCCACUUGUGUAUAGUAUUUAUCAAUAAAUUUUAAUGUUGAA